AUGACCCUGAUCAUCAACCGAGCAGUACUCACAGUUGUCAUCCUAGCUUCAAUUUCAGGGAGCCUAGCUCAAGAAUCCUAUCUAUUCACAGAUGAGCCCAUCAUAGCAGCAAGUGUUUGUUAUCCAUUUACCUGCAAGACCUCCAAGCAAUCCUUCACUUCAGAGACCUGCAUUUUUUACGAUGUUGCAGCAACCACUUUCUAUGCUGAAUCUGGAGCCUGCGGCACAGGAAAAACGUGCACACAAGGCGCUGUUGACUCUGCAAACUGGACUUGCAUAGCUAACCAACCAGCUGGAGGCCAAGCUUUAAUCGGGGAAUAUUGCGCAAGUUCUACCACUGCUUUAGCACUGCUCUCGCCACUUAUGCUUCAGCAUGUACCGAAAAGGUAUGUGUUUCAGCUUAUAAAACUUCAUGCAUUACUAAUGCAGCACGAGACGAUUAUUGAUGCCCAGCAGGACAAUAUAGCUCAUACCCCUAUAUAGAUUUCUUUAUCGAGCAUAAUAUCCUGGCCUCUUGAACGAGCAAAACAGACUCUCUCAAAGAGAUGAGCUCUCAAUCUCUAUAUCAGUAAGUGUUAAAAAGUGCCAUGUCAAAUAAUGGUGACAAGCGUGAAAAAGUGGACAAGUAAACGCGCCGAUUUUAAAAAUGGCUUUAUUAUUAAAUUAAAUUAAAAUUUAAGAUACCCAAAUAGACUGAGAGCACCCAAUAAAUCAGGUUUCUGAUAUAAACCUAAUCAAACACAAAUGUAGCAUUUCAUUUUUAGACAUCUUGGAGAGAAAUAAUGAAAUCAUAAAUAUCUACGACUUUCAUUCCUCGAAAAAAACUCAAAAGUGCGACUCCCCCUUUAACCCAUCAAAAUUCUCUAACUCCCCCCCCCCUCCGUGAGUGAACAAAAAAAUUUUGUUCACUCACGGAGGGGGGUUAAUUUUUUUUUUUUAAAAAAAAAUUUAUAUAUAAAUAUUCUAAAAAAUUUUUUUUUGAAAUUAAAAAAAUCCUAAUUUGCAAAAAUUGGGAAGCAAAUAUUAAUUUAAUUUAUAAAAUUUAUGUUUUAAAAUGCAAUUCAUUUAAAAUUAAACAGAAUUAGCUCUAGAUUUCAUUAUAUUAAUUAUCAUUUAUAUAUCAAAAAAAAUUUUUUUCCAUAAAAAAUUUUUGUUCACUCACGGAGGGUGGGUUUUUGGGCAAAAAAUGGCGAUUUUUCUAAUGGUUUUGUUCACUCACGGAGGGGGGGGGAGUAAGAGUUCUUGCUUCAGUUGAUACAUCUCUCAAAAUCUCCAAUAAUUUUUAGACUUAUGCUCGAUCCAAGAUGUCAUCAAGAUGGCGUCGUCCAGUAUGGAGAAUCUGAUAUGAGUAAUUCUAAAGAAAAAAUUCAAAAGUGCGACUCCUCCCGUUAGCUCAUCAAAAGUCUCCAAGAGUUAUUUCUUCAGUUUGAGACAUCUCUCAAAAUCUCCAAUAAUUUUUGGACUUAUGCUAGAUGCAAGAUGUCAUCAAGAUGGCAUUCAGUAUAGAGAAACUGACUUGAAUAAGUCUAUAGAUAAUAAUUCAAAAGUGCGACUCCCCCCAUUAACCCAUCAAAGAUCUUCAAGAGUUAUUGCUUCAGUUGAGAUAUCCUUUAAAAUCUCCAAUAAUUUUUGGACUUAUGCUUGAUUCAAGAUGGCAACCAGUAUUGCGGAACUGACUUGAAAAAAGUUUAUAGAGAGAAAAAUUCAAAAGUGCGAUUCCCCCCUUUAACCCAUCAAAGGUCUCCAAGAGUUCUUGCUUCAGUUGAGACAUCUCUCAAAAUCUCCAAUAAUUUUUGGACUUAUGCUUAAUACAAGAUGUCAUCAAUAUGGCGCCCAGUAUGGAGAAACUGACUUGAAAUAUUCUAUAGAAAAAAUUCAAAAGUGUGCGACUCCCCCCUUUAACCCAUCAAAGGUCUUCACUAGUUAUUGCUUCUGUUGAGACAUCUCUAAAAAUCUCCAAUAAUUUUUAGACUUAUUCUUGAUACAAGAUGUCGUCCAGUAUGGAGAAGCUGAGAAUAGCACCUAAUUUUAUUAAUAAAUUUUAUAUGUAUCAUUUAUUAUUUAUGUAUUUAUUAUUAUCAUUAUUAUUAAUUUAUAAGACCUUUUAAAAAAUUGAUGCGUUUACUUGUCAAAUUUUUUCUCACUUGUCACCAUUUUUUGACAUGUCACUUUUUAGCACUUACUUAUAUAGAGAUUGAGAUCAUCUCUUUGAGAGAGUCUGUUUUUCUCUUUCAAGAGGCCAGGACAUUUUGCUCGAUAUAGAAAUCUAUAAAGGGGUAUGAGCUAUAUUGCAGUGUCACUACAACUGGAGGCAUAG